AUGCGUGCGUCCGAUGUGAAGACCCGCAUUGAUGCCCUUCAGGAGCAAAUUGAUAAUCUGGCAGCGCAACUGGGCCAGAAGCAAGGUGAAUCGUCCCACCACGGCAGUCUCUCCAGUGCAACUCCGUCCACGCAGCCACCAGACUCGCCGCGACUCUACCACCGCCGGGAAAGCUCUCGACCGAGCGAUGAGGCAUCGGGGGAUCCCGUUCUCGGCGGGUUGGUCACCCUACGCGAGGCUGAUGAGCUUAUGGACAAGUUCCGGACCCAGAAAAUGGCCCAGUUCCCCUUCGUCAUGGUGUCCUCCGACAUGGAGAUCGAGGUCCUCCGCCAGCGCUCGCCUUUCCUCCUGCUGUGCAUCGUCACCGUGUGUAUGGAACACAAACCCCUCCUGCAACACAAACUGGAGGCUCUCGUUCGCGAAACGGCGGCCACUCGUCUAGUCGCUAAGGGCGAGCGCAAUCUCGAUCUCCUCUUGGGGCUCCUCGUUCAUUGCGCAUGGUUUCAUUAUCACUGGCGGACCCCGCAUAUCCAUAAGUACAUGCUACUUGAAAUGGCUCACAUGGUGGUCGUCGAUUUGGGCAUCGACAAGGACGAGAACAUCCGGAUGCAGCCUAUCCCUCCAGAGCCCGCGGACAACCAACGCCAUCAUUCGAAUCCCACGGAGCAGAGGGCUCUGCUAGGCUGCUACCACCUGUGUUGCACCUCGACUUUAUUUCGCCGACAGGUGACGAUGAGACACACCAGAUGGAUUGCCCAGUGUGUGGAGGAUCUUGCUCGGAAACCCGAAUACCCCAGCGAUGUCCUCCUGGGGGACUAUAUCCUCUCCAACAAUUUCUUGCGACGUACGCAGUGUGUCUUCGAUGAGGACGUAUGCCUCUGCUCCUACCACCCUCGAGAUGCGUCAUGGGAGCAGAUUGUAGAAUCCAUCGAGCGGCAAGAGAGACAGACCGAGGACCAGCUAUCACGCCUCGCCUCGUGUGACAAUUGGGCCCUUCGUCUGGAGCUCACCGCACUCACCACCUUGACCUUGGGUCAAGCAGUGCAGCGCCGCAGAGAUGUCUUUCGACUUCGGGAGAUUAAUCGGCUGCAGCAUCUUACGGCAUCCGCUCACCGGGUUCUUGCCACGUACCUCCAGGUGCCAGCGGACGUGGCGGUGCACCUGCCGGCUUCCUCAUAUUAUACUCUUUGGUAUGUGAUGCUGGUUCUUGCCAAGGUAAGCCUGCUAUUUGGAAACUACAACCAUCCCACACCAGAGAUAGACAGUCGGCGCGUCCACGAGGAUGUUCUGGCCACAAUGCGGAAGAUUGCUUCUCUCUCUCUUGGGGAUGAUAUCUGGUCGAACUGCCGUGUGAUAAGCAUGGUGGCAUGGCUUGAGAAAAGCAAAAGUGAGGCGCAGCGCCAGUGUAGUAUCAGUCAUGUGGUGCAACAUCCGAGCGAGGCUUAUGGUCCCCCUCGACCCCCUGUCUCAUGGCAGGGCCCGCCCCCUUCGAUCAUUUUCGACUCACAGCCCCACUGGACACCCAGUCAAUUACCCAUGCAGCCAGAACAUGCUGUAUAUCUUGAAACUCUGAUGCACAACGACUGGGACACGGGCAUUUGGCGUCAGACUCUGGAAGCUUUCACUAUGUUCGGACCUCCCACUCCACAGAGCCAGAUGAGCUUACAAUCACCAGUGGUGAUUUGAUGACAUGCCAUUGCAGUGACACUGGAAGUUUGAACGGCUCAAAAUUGGAUGUUAUCCAAGGAAUUGCGAUACAUAGACCGGGUGAGCCCUAUGCACUGGUCGCUCCUCGUACGCCUAGAAGGGUUAAGCAUAGGUGUGGCUGGAGUAUUCAAGCGCAGUAGGCGAUGCGUGUGUGCUGUACCCAGCUGGGCAUACAUCUCAGUGCGUUGCUUAUAAGCGCCUUAAACUUUGGCCGAAACAGGCCUCGUUCUGACCCUUGGCUAGGUUCACUCACAAAUUGAAGCCACCAGCCCAGCCAUGAUGGGCAAUAUGCAUGUCGACAUGCUCCACGUUGGAAGACUCUGGCUGGGGGCUCGCUCAUAGAAUGCUUGCCCUAGACCACACUUGUCGACGGGCAGUGUUCAAAGACCCUUGACUCUGACUCGUCUGUACUACGGAUGUUGUUGUAAAGGCAUGCGGCGUGAGGAGCUGCAUCACGU